CAGCGCCGUGUAGCUGCUGACAGUCGGUGGAGUAACCCAGAGGAACUUUCGCUUUAGCAGCCAUGCCAGGGCGGUUUGUGGUGGGGAUUCAGCGAGCUGUGGACACCGAACACCGUCGGAGUUUAACCGACUGUCAGUACAACAACCCCACCGCUUCUGUAUGAGCGCCAAGCAGGAGCGAAGCUUGGUGACGGAGGAUGGAUGGAGUCAGCUGGAGCACCACCAGGUCCCAGGAGUCCUUCAUCCGCUCCACGACGCCAACGGCCGACACUCUGUCCAGACUCGCGAGCUUCAUUUCACAGGCCGAGGCCAAACAUCACACCAGGAACCAGAGGCAGCUAGCGAACCACCUGCCCACGUAUGCUUGUAAAGAAUGUAGUAAGGGUUUCACCAGUGCAGCAGAUCUGUUGCACCACCAGGAACUGAAACACACCUUACCCAAGCCUCACAGGUGCCCCUCCUGUGGGCAGGAGUUCUCCCUGAAGUCGUCCUUACAGCUGCACAAGUGCGAUCAUGAGUCCAGGCGAUGUGAACUCUGUCAUGGGGCGUCACGACUCGGUUCUCCGUGUUCUACAUGCACGAAUCGCGCAUCAGAUCCUGGCAGGUCGCAGGAUAAGUCUGUCCACCGGCAGCCUCACCUCCUGGACAGCAGUCCGUAUGCAUGUGCUCCAUGUGGGAGAGGCUUCAGCCACAAACAGGCCCUGCUGCACCACCAGCAGGCUGGUUGUAGUGAGCUGCCAUCGGAUGUAGCUGAUGCUAGCAGCCUUCCAGAUGAUUCUCCUCCUGCCUCUGAGGGUGACUCCACUCGCUCUGAUUCUCCGGACACACCAGGACCAAGCGGCAGAGCUGUCAAUAUGUGCCAUCCUUGUUCCAGGACCUUCCGCACAGAAGCUGGACUGCAGCACCACAAACUGAUCAACCAUGCUGAGGAGGAACAAAACACCAAAGCAGACGGCACCGGUGGAGAGGCGAGGAAAGAAAGAAACGCCAAGAUAGACAGAGAUCCAAAUAAAGGUCCUAAAUCCCAAAAGAAGCUUCUGACUUGUCGUUCUUGUGACAUGGUUUUCAGAAGCACUUCUAAACUGUACAUGCACAGAACAGAGAAGCACAGCAGAGAGAAACAGAUCAGGAGGGAAUCGAGGCCGGUCAUCAGUAGACGUAGGAGAGGAGGCACGUAUCCAUGUCAGAUCUGCAGCAAAGUCUUCUUCCAUCAUUUAUCACUGAGGGCACAUUACAGACAGCACACAGCCUGGAGCUUCACCGCCAUGAAGAACAAACAGUCUGUAAAAUGUCCCACCAAAGACUCCAGAUUAUCAGAAAACACACCAAAUAAAGUAGCAGGGAAUAAGACAGUUAAGGCUGGACCAGGGAGGCCCAGGAAGGCGUCCAAGGCUGAUGAAUCACAGAUGAGUAGAGAAGUGCCUGAAGUGAAAGAGGAGGAGGAGGAAGUAGAGGAAGAGAAGGAAGUUGAGGAAGAAGAAGAAGAGGAGGAGGAGGAAGAGGAUGAGGAGGAGGAAGAGGAGGAGAGAGAGUUUCCAUGCCCGUCCUGUGCAGAGGUUUUCUCUCUGCAGUGGCAGCUGAAGGAGCAUGUGGAGCUCCACCAGUCCUCGGUGAAGAGGCGACACUGCAGCGUCUGCAAGAGCGACAUGAACACCUGCAAAUGGCCGAGCUCCAAGAGGCAGCGUCUGUACCACUGUGUUCCCUGCCAGCAGGGCUUCUCAGCUCUGGACUCCUUCCUAGAACACUGUCAGGAGCAUCUGAGAGCCAGAGUGGAGGAGGACAGAAUCCUGGAGGCCAGCAAAGCCUGAAGUUUCAGUUUGAAUGUCAUCAGUGGUUGCCUUUUCUGUUUUGUUUUUUUUGUUGUUGUUGUUUUUGUUUUAAAGGGUUCAAUGGUUUAGAAUGAUGAAAUCUCUGUGAAAUUCUUGUCGAGUUACUGGUCCACUGAUUCAGAACAUCUUGUUUUAUGCAUCUGCUGUUGGCUUAAUGACAACAUAUCAAGGGUUUAAGCGAAUGGAUUGGUAAAGAACCAUACUGGAGUGUUUACAAUUAAUGACAUUUCUAGAGAACACCACAGUUCCUGUCAGAUUUACAGAGGUUUUCUACAUUCUCUGCAGCCGCUUGAUUGUUUUACUUCAUAGUAUUUGAGUGAAAUCCAUCGCAGUGGCCAUCAGAGAGCAGCUUACUUUAAGAUACAUUUCAGUUUGAUUACACCAUAAAGAUGACAUAAUGUUGAUUAAAGCUGAAAUGUGAUCGUUUGCUAAUGUCUGCAAGUUGAUUUGCACACUUGAAUAAAAUGCACUGACGGCUAUAAAAGCCUGAACUAUCAGAGAAACCACACCCAGUAUGAUUCUUUUACAGAGUUUGGCCAAUCUGUUGUUAAUUUGCUACUACUGGCACGUCGUUAUUUCAUCCUGACAACAACCUCGUUUCCCACAAGCACCUUGUGAAACAAAGAUGAUCAGACUUUAAAUUAAUUUGUCUUAAAGGUGCCUUUUGGGAAACAAGCUACAUUAUAGCCAAACCACUGUCAAGCAUCUUGUUUGCCGCAGUUCAUUUUCACACCAGAAAUCUGCAGUGCUUCAUUUAGUUAAAGUCAUACAUGUUUUUGGCUGUAUUUUACUAAUUUUUCUUCCAGUUUUCGCAAUAAUUCUUCACAGAUUGGCAGGAAUUCCACAGUUUUUCUUGCUCACUCUUGUGUAUUUGACCAGGGUAUCUGCAGCACUGUUUGGAGUUGGUCUGACUCACCAGAUGUGGACUUCAGGGCUGAUAUUUCUAUUGUGCUUUUAAGUUAGCAUUUGAAUCAUGUAGUUUUCUGUGUUUUGGGUGUUUUUGUUUUUUUUUUUUUUGUGAAUUGGCCAUUUUAAAUGACAACCCCUGUGUGCAAAUAUUCCACCAGUUCAAUCCUUCACUCUUUGGAACAGGCACUGUUGCUGUAUCCUGGGCUCAGCACCAAACAAUUCUAAUUGGUUUAAAGUAAUACAAAUGAGCAUUUUCCCUCGUAAUAUAAAAUGCUAAUCAGGUGAAGCCAGACCAUUCUCCAGUCCCGACACAGUGCUGUAGAGAUGCUUCUCCAUACAGUGUUUUCAAGUGGGGUGGUUGUAGUUGUUGCCAUAAUCGAUCAAUGAACAAACUUGGCUUUCAUGGAUUUUUCUACCCAGUAUAAUGCCUUUUAUUUAGGCCUGUCUUUUUGGCUGGUAUGAACUCGGGUCAUUUACUUGCUAUGCAAACAGAUGAAUCAAUAACAGCCGCUCGGUGUGACUGCGACGCUUGAUAAAUGCGCUUUGAUGAGUGAACUAGAAUCAACAUGAGGUUUUUUGGUUUGUUUUUUAAAUUCUAAUCAAUUUUCAGCUACUGUUUUCAAAGUGCUACUGUGAAAAUGUGGAUCAUGAUUUAACAGGUUUUGAAGCUUCCAUUUUUCCAGGUCUUUUGUAAAUUAGUAUAUGGCUCUUUGUAGAUGACAUAAUUAAAACUUAACUGUUCUCAAGA